GCACUGCUGCUCUCUUGCGCCCCGGAAGCUGCCCCUUCUCGGGGGUCAUGAUGGGCAGCAAGAUGGCGUCUGCCAGCAGGGUCGUCCAGGUAGUCAAGCCACAUACUCCAUUAAUAAGGUUUCCUGACAGAAGAGACAAUCCUAAAGCCAGCGCAUCAGAAGCAUUGAGAUCUGCAGGGCUGCCAUCUCACUCUUCUGUAAUCUCACAGCAUUCUAAGGGAAGUAAAUCCCCAGAGCUGCUGAUGCAUCAAGGCCCGCCAGACACUGCAGAGAUAUUAAAGACAUUACCUCAGAAAUACAGGAGGAAACCUAUGUCUCAAGAAGAAAUGGAAUUUAUCCAACGUGGAGGUCCAGAAUAAUCAUCACAGCUGCUGUUUGUCAUCAGACAAAAGAAUUAUCUUUAAUAAAGGACUUCCAAAAUGACAAGUGAAAAAUUGUAUAUUAAGCAACCUUAAUAUUCUACAAAAAGAUAAAAUAUAGAAAAAUUCAGAUGGAUACUUGUAUCACCUAAUUUAUGUAUCUUGGUCAGCUUCUCCACAAGCUUGCCUAAUUGUUUAUGUACUUUAUACUUAUUAAAGUAUACAUUUUUAAAUG